AUGUCGUCGUCUCCCGGUACAAGAAAAAGGCCCGCACCCAGCGCGUCGCCUCUUCCGGCUGGCCCAAUCCCCCAGGCCAACCCCCAAUCCACGCCACAGGACAUGAUGAGGUGGAACGGCGUAGCGGCGAACGGAAACAGCCAUACGGACCUCUCGACCCCAUACAUGCUUGCGCAACAGUCCGCCCCACCCGGGCACGCCUUCCUGUCGCCAUCGCCAGCCCCGACCACAUCGAAUGCCCUGGCACUCCGCGAUCCCGCCAGCAGUAGGGCGCUCGUUUCCACCGCGCCGCGCUCGCCGUACGACGGACAGCCCGACCAAUGGGGUUCAUUGGGAGGCGAUGGCGCCCUCAUACCCCUGUCGAACGAAGCGCUGAGCGAGGAGGAGCACCUGAGACUUCUCCUGGAGCGCGCGAGGAAGAUCGAGGAGGAGGCCACCAAGGAGAACCCCGGACCUAACCAGAAGAGGAGUAUCCCGCCGUUCGUGCUGAAGCUCUCCAGCUUCCUCAACAACGGUAGGAACAGCGAUCUCAUCCGGUGGUCAGAAAAAGGCGAUUCGUUCAUUGUGCUCGACGAAGAGGAAUUUGCGAAGAAGCUGAUACCCGAGAUGUUCAAGCACAACAACUACGCCUCAUUUGUCCGCCAGCUGAACAUGUACGGGUUCCACAAGCGGGUUGGGCUUUCCGACAAUUCGAUGAGAGCGAGCGAGAAGAAGAAUAAGAGCCCGAGCGAAUAUGCGCACCCCUACUUCCUGCGCGCGCACCCAGUCUUGCAGUGGCUCAUUACGAAGCCGAACAAGACCGGUGGUAAAAAGAGGCAGAAGCAGGCCAACAAGGAUGCGUCUGGAGCCAUCGAGCAGGACAGCGAUGCCGAGGACUUCAUGGACGACCCCAACGGCCAGUACGCCCUCUCCGACAUCCACCCAGGCAGGAACUUGGGGCGAGGUGAGGCCGGGCCUUUGGCGAAGACGGAGUUGGGGAAGCUGCGAGACCAGCUCGCGCAGGUCCAGCAGAAGCAGCAGCAAUGUCUGGCCCUGAUCCAGCAAUUACAAAACAAUCAACACGAGAUUGUGCAAAGAGCACAAAAGUUCGAAGAGAUGCAUCAUCGCCACGAGAAUUCCAUCACCGCCAUCUUGAACUUCCUUGCCAACGUUUUUAGAAAGUCACUGGAGGAAAAUGGGGGUGCGCAGAAUAUCUCCGAUAUGUUGGCGAGCAUUCUCCCCCAGCAUGGGCAUAACCAUGCCAUGCCGACGGGGAGUGUGCAAGACCUGAGCGAGUAUCUGCAGCAGCACAAUGCUACCAAGAGCCGAGCGAGCCCCAGCCCAACUCUUCCAAAGCGUCCACAGCACCUCCUGCCCGGUAUCCCAGGGGACCCGAAUGCUUCCGUCCCUGCCGAAAGCGCACUCGGCCUACCCGCGAGUCCAGUGCCCUAUUCUUCAUCUUCCCACCAGGCACCGCGAGUCACCGAGGUAUUUGAUACCUCACCUUCUGACACGACCUCCCCGAAUCACAUCCGGAAUGAGCUUCAGUCGAAUCCUGAGGAGACCAUGCUCAAGAUCAUGGGUGAGACCAAUGCUCGGAUGACACCGGGCGUUGAUCUCCCUGAAGCUGCUGCUGCAACAUCCGCGAGGAUGCCAUCUGGUCAGCGCAACAAGAUGGUGAACAACAUGUCGCGCAGAACUGCCACGCCAUCGAAUAAUCGAUCCGUAUCACCAUUCCGGCCUCCAACCAUGUCGGCUACGCCUCCGAUCCCUCCCGCGCCUUCCGGCUUUCCAACUCCGACAGCACCACAGCCUGCCACAUCACUGUCGCCCAUUCUCAACAACGCCAAACCCCCAUCGGUCCAAGAAGUCUCGCGACAGCAGAACGGUAUCAGCCAGGUGGAGGCUUUACAGCGCAAUAUUGGCCAGGAUAUCAACAGCCUGGCCCAGCUCGCGGCCCCGCUUUCUCCCAACGGGCAGAUCAUGGGCAUCGAUGGCUUUCAAAACGGCGGCUCGGACUAUUUUGGCGACUCCAACAACAAUUUUGACUUCAACCAGUAUCUGGAUACCGCGGCGAUGGACACCGGCUACAACUUUGAUUUCAACGACCUGAACAACGCAGGCAACUACGGCGCGGCGGACGGCACUGACUUUGACUUCAGCCUCCCCAGUACAGACUAUGCCCAAAGCACCGCUGCUCCGGUCAAUGGCGGCCUCACCGCGGGCGCGGGCGCGGUCGCAGACACGCCGAGCCCUGCCGGCACGGAGGAGAUACAGCGACCGGAUCUGGAUGGCUCAGAACAGCCAGCCACGAAACGUAGGCGGCAAGGAUAG